GAAAUAAAGAAAAAUGCCAUGAAACAGGGGGGGGGGAAAGGACCAUGAGCUCCAUCUUCUCCAUUUACUUGACUUCACACAGGAAAAUGUCUCUUCAUCCCAGGUGAGUAUAAAAAGGGCCCCCGGGGAUGGAGAAUUUCUCCUUAGCACAUCAGCAUGCGAAGCUUCCCUCGGAGUAAAUGUCUCCUAGAGCUUAUUCAUCAACUCAUUCAAAAAGCAUUUACUGAACACCUAUUGUGUGCCUGAGACUGUAACAGCAGCUCCAGACAUAGACAAUAAGGGACCCAUCCAUUAACUCUCCAGCUGCUCGUACAUUGGGAAGAGCGCAGUGUUGACGUCAGGAGAUCCAGCCUACAGCAAGAAGGUGGAGAUACUUUGUUUUUCUGGUAAAUAAUUUUAUAUGUUUAAUCUCCAACUGUUCCAUCUGUAAAGUGGGACAAUAAUCCACCCAUUAUCUACACCCAGAGCUGGAGUAAAAGGAUCAAAUGGCUCCUAUGGUGCCUUGAAUACACUGAAGUUCCCUAAAGAAGCAUCAAUUGGUGGACCACCAUGAAUCGGCCAGUGAGAAGCCAGCAGCUACUUGCUAAGGACCAAGGAUCAAAGAAAUGAGAAGAGGUCCUUGCUCUCAGGAGUUCAUGACCUCGUUGGGAAAGCAAGAUUUAACGUCCAUGAGGGAAAAAGCACAAGACCUUGUUCUGCGAAGCCGACCAAGUGCCAGAGGGGUUCUGAGAACAGGGAAGUCCGUGCAAGGAUUUGGAGAGGAAGAGGGUCUGAAAGGAUCCACGGGGUCAGAGGACCGGGAACCACAUCCUGCCAUGUAUCAGAAUACAUCACCGCACUCGUUUCUGCUUUUUCCCUCCCAGACAUUAUGAGUCUAUACCACAGUGUUGUCUUCUGACACGGUCAGUGUCUGCAAGCAGAAUUUAGGGAGAUUUACUCCAGGAGCCCGGUAAAGGAAGUCCUGGCCAUAAAUCCACCAGCUGGGAGAAGACGCUCAAGAGUGUCACUGGCCAGACUCCAUUGGGCUGCCGUCUAGCCCCACUAGGCCCUGUCAAGGGCAGUCUCACGGAAGAGCCAGCUUGGUGUGAUGCAGGCAGUUCCAGAGAAGCCCAGUGCCAAAGGGUAUCAGACAUAAUGCCCACCAGAGGGGUGGGCCUGGAAGUGAUAUAUCGGAACCAAAUAUUAUAUUUGUGGCACGCACUGCUGUCUUUGUUAAAAACCCAAACCAAUAUCUUCCUUUGUUAUAAAAAUACAGCGUGGGGAAAAAAAUUCCUCCCAGAUUACAGGUUUACACUUCAAUGACAGUGGUGGAAGGAAGAGCCUUGAUGUCCCCAGGAAGCUCCUUCUGCUCUCCUCCACAGGAUGUCUCUGGGUAAUCGAAUGUUUUUCAAGUUCACAUUUGCAAAAGUAACUCCCAAAGAUACAGGUUCUCAUUUGCUUCUAGGUUCCUUCCAAUUAGGACGUUAGGAGUUGCAUGUUCUUCCAGUCAGCAGCACCAGCUCUGUAAUUUGUGGGGCUGGGAGCAAAGUGAAAAUUGAAGUGUCCUUGUAAAAAUUCUUCAGAAUUUCAAAGCAGCCACAGGGCCUAUCUGAGCACUGGAAGCCGGCUCCGCCUGCUAGUGACCAUCACACACACCCUCGAUGUUCAGAAAACACGCAGAGCUGGCAGAGAGUGUGAAAGUGGGACUCUCGGGAUCAGGGGCGAUGACACUAUAAUGCUGGGGACCUGGAGCCUCUAUCGGGGCAGCCGCCCUGGCCAGCCAGGGAGUCCAAUCCCCUCUCCCGCUCAGGACCUCGGGGAUGGGCGUGGUGAGUGUGAAAUCAUCCGUCCCUUUCAGACCAGACAGAACACCACCCGCACUGCAAACUUAACCAGGUGCCCCAAAACCAAGAAACAAGCGUAUUAUUGUUCAUCCCUCCGGCCAGCCUGGUUGCAAGACAGGAGAAAUCUUCCAAGUUUGAAGUAGUGUGUGUGUGUGUGUGUGUGUGUGUGUGUGUGUGUGUGUACACGCAUGUGUCUCCUCUACUCCCUCCAUCUCUUCUGUGAAGAGCUUCCUCCAAGAAUUCAGCCGGUGGCCACUAGAGGUCUUUCCUUUUCACAUGGUAGCUGCCGUGCAAUUUUUUCGGCUUUUUAUUUAUUCCUACGUGAGCAGACCCACUACACUUCUUGCAUAUAAACAGCGAAAAUUACAACAUAAAGGACUUAUUUUUCUUCUUUUGGAGUAAUUCUGCUGCUGGCCAAAGCCUGGCUUGUUUUGCAAAGAAAGGGAGGACAUUCUGCAGGUAAUUCCAGUGCUUCAAGACGCCGCUCACCUACUGGCAAAGACUGCCAGGUCCCAGACUCCCACCCUGAGGCCAAGCAAACGCAGUUCUUGGCUCAAAUACCCAGAGGGUGCACAUGUGGCUCACUUUUCCCACAUGCGAACUUCAGCCUCAGCCAAGAUGCCACGCCUUUGCCCUCUGAAUGCCCUCGGAUGUCUCCAUCCCGUUCUGAUCCCGCCACACUGGGUUUUGUGAGGCUAUUUAAGAAGAUAAGUUUCCCUCAUUGAAGAAAAGGGAAACAGCAUGAAAGAAAACAGUGGCCCCAGAGGAGGAAUAUGUGAUUGACGGAAAUGGGGACGUUCCCUUAGAAGCAUCAUGUAUCAUUAAAGAAGCCAAGCCCCAAGUCAUUUAUUUCUCUGCCUGUUUACAUGCAAUGGAAAGAAGAUGUGUUUAAGUUUCCUGUAGUUUUACACUGGAAAUUGAUGCUCCCGGAAAGGAAGCCGUGUGUUCCAGACGUGGCGGGUUUCUUUUGGAAUUCACACAUUGAGAGUCUGGCGCUAUCCCCUAAAGGGCACUUUUGUUGCCUUUUUGUUCAAGACAGCAAGCUUCUUCCAGGAUCAGAACCAUCUGCCAGCCUUCCUUGAUAAACAGCCCACCAGCUCUCGUGGUAGAUUAGGUGUUUAAUAAUUAGCCUAACUCCUUGUUUAUCGAAGUGGCAAUUAUCACUGCAAUGGCAUAAUAUUUUAACUGCACGGGAAACAUUACGGAGAAGCCCCAAGUGAAACCUGUCUGGGAAUGGCUGACAGAGCUGCCCAUGCUCAGAGGAGAGGACCACUCCAUCCUGGCUGACAGAUCGCCAUGCCUGAGAUGCCAUCAUUUGAGGCUGCUCCAAAGACCUAACGGAAUGUGCCCGGCAGUGUAUGGUCUCAAUCCUUUUAAGUGAGGCUCAAUGGCCCAGCAAAAUAUGAAAGUGAGGCCUGUGCUUCUGAAGCGCAACAGCCUUGAGUCGGUGGAGCUGGUGAAGCAACCUCACCACCGCAGGAGCAAAUCUCAGCAGGUACGAUUUAAGGAAGAUGGCACCAGUAAGACUCCACCUGGCCUAGCGGAGGUUGACGUCCAAACCUCUGAGGACCUGGCUGUAACGGGCAAGGCUCAGGUCUCCAGGCACCAUCACCUCCCUACCUACUCACUCUCCUUCCCCAGGUCCCAGAAGGCAGGGGGCUUUCAGAACAUCGCGAUCCAAACCUCCCCCAGUCUCAGGAAGCAUUUCCCAGUUUUCAAAAGGAAGAGACUCACAGCCAGCAAGUCCCUGGUAGAAAUGCCGACAGCAUCCCAAAGUGCCAUCCAGGUCAAUGGAAACCUCUCUGAACAGGACAUCGUGUACUCUGACCUUGCUUACUUAAGGCUGGCUCAGCAUCUUGAGGAUGGGCCUCAAAGGGUCAAGGUGUCCCACUCGUUUCUCCCUAGAAUGUCCAAGGUGCAAAGCAAUGGGCCUGUGAGCAUAUGCUUGGAAGCAGGGACAUGGAGAGCCUCAGAGAAAGCAACAGCCGCCAUUCAGGUCCCAGAUGAUAUUUAUCAUAGUCCUAUCUGGGCAGGUAGAGAGUCCACUUUCAGUCCAGACAGGUCUGUUGAUGUUAGCAACUCGCUUCCCCCUUUGGCUGACACGUGUCCAGGUGAUGGGAGGAGAGUACCACCAUCAGAUUCAGAAAGACCUCCCUCCUGCUUAAAUGCCACCAGUGGUGCCAACCACACACCUGGCACGGGGAAACUUAAACCCGAAUUGCUUUUGCCCAAAGACAACUCUGAUGACAAAGACCUGGGCCCACUGUCAUCUCGGUCAAAGGAAACGUGUGUUCCCUUGCAUCCACGGACUCACAGCUCCCCUUCACCAGGCUCUCACAGUCAGCCAGCCCAACCAGGGGGCGCUUCAGACUGUUCUCCAUCAAGUAACAUUCACCAGGAUCUGCAGUCACUCAAAACUAACAGUGAGUCAAAAUCUGCCCCUGUGUGUCAGGAGCAGACAGCAAAGAACCCCAUGCAGUCAGACACCCCGGAGUUUCAAAACUGUCCAGGAAGCAAUCGACUCCCGUCCCCUCCUCCACAGAAGGAGAUCAAACAUCAGACCACCAGGGAGACUGGUGGGAUUAACCGAGUUCACCUGGCACAGGGGGAACUCUGCGACCUCCAGGGCAGGCUGCAAUCCGUGGAGGAAUCUCUGCAUUCCAACCAAGAGAAAAUUAAAGUCCUUUUGAAUGUAAUUCAAGACUUGGAGAAAGCCCGAGCUCUCACAGAAGGGCGCAACUUUUAUCGAACUGGCCAAGACCUCAACAAUUGCAGUACCUGCCAGAACACAGCGUGCAUCAUAUACAGUGUAGAAUAUGACUUCCGGCAGCAGGAAGGCAGGUUCCACGAAGUUCUACAGAGUCUGGAGGAAGCAGAGCCAGUUGAGGAGGCAUCUCCGCCACCAAAGUCCCCAGCAGAGCCCGCAGUCCCUGAGAAACAGGACUUAAGGCGGAAAACCAAGAAGGUGAAGAAGAAAUGCUUCUGGUGGAUCUGAGCUGUGGGGGCUAUUCCCUCCACUCUCCCCGAGGUGGGGAACCACUGCCCUCAGGCCUCCUCUACUUCUUAGCAAAGGCCCCAGGCUACGAGCCACUGGACCUGUGAAACCAGAAUGACUCGGGGCUGGUUUAGCUGCCACCGGACACCUGACCACAACCUCACCCGAGUGUGUGCCGCUGCUUGCUGAGGACUUCACGGACCCAAGUGACCACCUGCCUAGCCUCCUGUCACACAUCCUGGUUUUUUGAGUCUACAGUCCCAGCCUGGGCAAAGCCCCCGUCACGCUUUCCUCCACCUCUAAGAUGCUAAGCGCUCCCCGCCCAUCCUGAAUUCAUCAUCCCAAAGGAAAGAAACAAAAAUGUUACGCAGAGCAGGAAGAGAGAGGAAGGUUAUAAGCAGAUCCCCAUAAAAAAUUAGAUACCUAAACUGGCAGUUUUCUAAAAUUUUGGCAUUCAUAAGCACAACACAAGUGGGCAUGAAGAUGCAAGAUCAUCUAGGGGGUUGGGUGGUUUUCAUUUUUAACUAGCCCCUUGACCCCAAAGCAAGGAUAUUUCAUCUCAUGCUGCAUGGACCUCAGAGUCUGUGGCAGAGUAAGGUCACCACAGGGUCUAAGGGACAUGAAGACAUGAUCAAUCCUGCGGUUGUAGUUACUCCGAAGCCCACCUUUUAGCAUCCUGCUUCUUAGCGUGGGGCCUGAGACUGCCUGGCAAAUGGACAGGAUCUGGUUUGAGAGUGAACUUUGAGAUUCCACAGUUAAUUUCCCUGCAACAUUUAAGAUCAUGAGAUUCAGCAGCCUGAUUCUCCAUUUCAUUUUACCAGAAACAUAAAUAAGCCUAAGAUAAAACACAAAGCUGGUUCUCACCCAUUUACACCUGCAGCAGCCUUGCCGAUAUGUUCAAAGUCUAUUAAUCUACACAGUCUCCCUCCCUGGUGACCAGGCAAUGGUCACCUGAUUGAAGAAGCAGGACUGGGGAGGAGGAUUUUUUUUUUCCAUUUUAGUAUUAAAGACUUUUCCUUCCAAAGUUUGAAUUCUUUUAAAGUCUGGCUCAUUCUUUUGACACGACCCUCCUACAUGUGGGUCCAGUCAAACUUGCAUGGCUGAACAAACUGCCAAAGUAAUAUAAUUAAGUAAUUGCUACAUACAUACUCUUGGGAAUGAGGGGUAGGUGAGCAAGGCUCAUAUUCCUUCUUAUUAAAUUCUCUACCAGGCUGUGGUUGGAUUGAGGCUGCUUAGAAAAGGGAUCCUAAACUCAACAAGCAUUCAAUGAAGAAGGCAUUUCACAAUCCCCUUUGCUGAAGACUGGGUGUCUGAGUUAGUCUUUGCAGAGUGCAGCAUCCUGUGUGAACGUGGGAUGUACGUUCCCCACUGCAAAUUGAGACUAAUUGAGCAAACCACUCCGACAGUUUCACCUUCCCCUGUCACUGUGCUGCAGUGCACAAAGCUAUUUCAGUGAGAGCGAGAGGGAAAUUUGGCAAGGAAUCUCAGCUUGCACUAUUUAAGUCUUGGAAUGUCAUUCAAGAUGUUCUUGUUCUGUGUCUAGUGUAAUGUUUAAACCCACAAAAUGAGACCGGAAUACAUAACGUUAAGUUAGAAUUAAGAUAAAUACACUUGUCAUACUUAAGAAGCCACAUUUCACUAAGUUAUGCUACCACUGGCUAAAAGCCACAGAUCUUUCUGUAUUCACACAAUCGACUCUCAGUUGGCCCCAACAAUGGAAAAGAACAGCACACAAGAUAAUUCAAUAAAGCAAAAUCAUUUGGGAUCUCUUAUAUAAUUUUAUCCUGUAGUAGAGCCUCCAUCUUAAUUUGCUUUGCUUACACUAAUUUUGAAAUUAAUUUAUGUUCUUGGGCAGCAUGCUAGAAUGGAAAUAAUCCUAUUCCCAGAAUUGAGAGACCGAGGCUACACAACAGUCUCUUCUAACAAUUUUUAGCAAACUGUUUAAAAUUUCAGGGCCUCUUUCUCCAUUCUUAAAUGGAGAUAUGAACAGCUACUCUAUUUUAUAAGCUCUGUGCACAUUCCAACAUCAAAUGAGCAAAGCUACCCAGAGCUGACCUGGAUCAUGUGCCAAAGUUAGCCUGCAAUGAUGAAGAGAUGACUAGGAUAAUGCACACAAAAUGGAUAAUUCAGCACUUGGAUAAUUAGGAGAUAUAUGUUGUCACGCACUUAUGCUGAGUUGGGGCCUCACAUAAACCCUCAACCAGCUUUAGAUAAAAUUGGGGUCAGAAAAGGUUGAAAGGUUAACAUUUCUAGAAAUAAAACCAAAAUAAGGCUACAGUGAUUCUAUACCAAAGCACAACACAGCAAUGCUCUGGCCACCGACCUGAAAUUGGGAGGAGGUCUCUCCUGAAAAUUGAACAUUUAAAAUGGUUAUUGGGAAAUGGAUUCAGUACUCACCUUCCUGCUAAACAAAAAUUAUCAUCUUUGUGGGUUUAAAAAAAAAAACACAUAUUACAUAUACCAAAACUCUAUACAUAUCUACUCAUGUGAAAAAUCGCUUCUUUGUAAAAUAUUAUGUAACAUCUACUAUGAAAUCCUAUGAAAUGCUGUACUUGAGGUUAGCUGGUUCUAUGAAGAGAUACUAAUUUAGCAAAAGUUACUUUUAUAACAUUGAAAUGGAAAAGACAUACAUCAGCUUAAGUUGCAGGAGUUUAUGUAGCUGCUUUCUCUGUAGUUAAAAAAAAUGUGUACUCAUUAUACUUGGAACUUACUACCAGCUCAUCUAUAGAGCGCCUUCUUAAAGACUAUGUCCUAAUGUAAGGUUUUGUAAAUUUCUAAAUUGUUUUAAAUGGGAUAUUAUCUUUUGCAAUAAACUUACAUAUUUUUCCUAGG